CCUCGCGUUGCAUUCUUGUCUCAGGCCUCUGGCAUCGAAGACAGAAUUCUAAGUUAACAGUACAUUGGAUGGGAUUCCUAAAUUAAUUGUUUUCUCGGAUUUCCUGUGCGCAGUGAACCUGUUUCUUUCUCUGCCAGUCCAUCAGACCUAGCCUAGGCCAAGGGCUAUGGCUUAUACACUCUCAUACUGAGCGUCUAAGCUACGGCACGUCACUUUUGGAGUUGCUCACGUAACGCACCUCUCCACACCAUCUCUCUCUGCCGCCUGCCCCACCUCACUCAUCACUGGACUGGCCAAUCACAAUGCCGCACCGCUGACUGCCUGUUUAGAGCCAGCAUUCAGCCCCACAACCCCCUUACCCCCCAGCUAGAGCUCGUACGAUCUCUCCCGCUGUAUCCGAGUUUGGGCCUUUUCUUGCCCCGCUAAACCCGAGAACAGAACGAGUCGACAAUUUCUCUUAUCAAAAUUUGCGGAAGUGUCUUUUCAUACAAAGAUCAAAUGAUUACUAGCACAUCUGUACUUCCAGAGCUGACAAUGUAAAGUGAAUAUAGUAACUUUUUCAUUGCUCUGUGUUGACGUUCCCCUUUUUUGUCUGUGAUAUGGGCUGCGCACCAUCUGUGGUUUCUCCAGAUGGAGAGCUUCAGUUUGUAGAGAAGACACCAGUGAAAAGUCCCAAUCAUGGGCAUCAGAAUGGACACGUUAAGACAAAAUCGGAUGAAAUCGUACCCAAGAUAGAUGGACGAGUCCCAGCCAAGCAGAAUAUUGAUAAGAAUGCCAACAAACUUGGUGCUCUUCCACCCCAAGCUCCAGUUCCAAAGAGUGUGGCAUUUGAGGUGACACUGGACGGAGAGGCUGGGAGUGGCUUGACAAGAGUGAAGAAAAGACCACCACGCCUUCAGGCUUUGGAGCCUUUAGAUAUUCCUAGACUGACAGCUGAACAACUGGCAGAGAAACAGAGACUGGCAGAUGAGAAGAGAGAACGGUUGAAGUUGAAAAAGAUAAACACAUCACAAAAGUCAUCCAGGCGGAGAAGGGAGCUGCUAAAGGCGAAGGAGUUUGGCAUGAAACAGCAGAUGGAUCAAGAAAAGACUGUUCUUGAUGACAGUUUGAAACAGGCUGAAAUCAGAAAAGAGCAAAGACUACUUGAAAUCAAGGAAAAACAGCGCAUAAGGGAAGAAAGAGCAAAAAGAAUACGUGAAAGGGCGAAACGCAUACAAAACCCUGAUGAAGAGGUGGAAGUUGAAAAAGAUAUGGAAUUCAAUGCUACAAGUGAUGAUUCUUGGUUGAGUAACCCUGGUCAGGGAGAAGAACACCAUAAUGAGGCAGAAGAUGAGGAGGAGCACGGCUUACAGAAACGUGUCAGUCAGUUGAGGCCCACAGCCAGUGCCAGCACAGUGGACAGUUAUGAUGCUGCGUUCAUGAGGCAGAACACAGAUGAGAGAAUGGUACGCCACGUACGACCCGCACAAAACACACGUGAGACUGGGGACUUGAACGAUGAUGAUUUCUUUGGCUCAUGACCGCAGAGCCAUGAAGUGUGAUAGCUUUCUUGUCUAGAUCUGCUCGUGAAAUUUUUGUCUCACAAUGCAACAGUGCCGUAAGCUGACAAAAAGCCUUUUUUCAUUUUGGCGCCAAAAUUUUGUAUUUGCUCAAUUUUAUCGAAAGCCUGAUUAGUUACCCUACUUGUAUAAAAAAAUCAAAGGGAAACUGUGACUAGCAUUUUAACACAUUACACCCUAACUCGCCCGGGACCGCCUGGGAAUUCUCUUACGCGCUCCACCCUGACUCGCCCAGAACCGCCCACGCCGACCUAGUGUCUUUAGAAACGAAGUCUUGAUCUGGGGCCGAGAUUUUGAUUUGCAUAGUUAUUGCAAAAAGUU